AUGGAACCGUUUUCAGUGGUCCUCAUAACUCACGUCUUCACCUUUUUCCUGGGCUUGGUGGUUUCCAAAGUUCACAACCCCCAGGGCUUUCUCAAGCCUCUUUUGAGCAACUUGUCCCAGAUUCAGUCGGACCUUUCGGAUUGGUUCUCGUUUGGACGAUCCCGUGUUGCGAAGGCAAACAGACUUUUGGGUCAGGUCUCGGUGGAGCUUCUUGACCGUUACCAAGUUGAGGAGAAGUACGACAAGAGCACCUGGCAGCGCAAAGCCUAUGACGACUUCACCGGCGCUCUCGUCGCCAAGGACAAGAUCUUCCCCUGUAUCUAUGGUACCAAAGGAUACAAGGCCAAUGAGCUCGACUUCCUCUUCCUGGAAUCCGAGGACCUGAACAACCUCGAGAUUGCCAAGGUCGGAGCCAAAGCCAUUGUCGAAUACCAUAAGAUUCUCCAGAGCCGUGGUCGCAACAUCUCGCUCGUACUCCUGUGCCCGCCGCCCAAGAUCGAACGCUCCGUCGAGGAAUACCACAAGAUCUUCUGGUCCUUCCUCAAGCGUCUCCGUCAGCUCGACCCCAAGCCCUGGCCCAAGAAGAUCCCCCACGACACGCAGAAUCGCCAAUGGUGCAUGAACUUCGACGGCCUCGAGGCUUUCUUUGCCGUCCAAACCCCGGCCCACAAGCAGCGUCGGUCUCGCAGCGCCCCCAACUUUGCCAUGAUCUACCAGCCCCGCAUGAUCUUUGAUAUCAUCUUCAAGGACCCACGCUACCGUGAGUCAGCCACCCGCACUGUGCGUGGUCUUGUCGACAAGUACGAUGAAAUCCCCCACAGCCCUGACAUCAGCGACUACGCGCGUGAGGGAACCACCGAAAGUAGACAGUACUUCCUACUGGAUAAGAACGAGACUGCGCACUGUCCAUAUGACGAUCUGGAGGCGGCCGUUCGGAAAGAGAAGCUGAGCCUGGCAUAGGAAAAAGAAAGGCAGGGCUUUGAAGAUGGCACCGAGCAGGACGCGCGUCCUGGCAUGUUCCGCACGAGACUUUUGACCUGAGAACGUCAGCUUGCAUCUAUCAGUAGAUGCGGAGAUGCAGUAGUGGCAGCAGCAUAGACAGGUAGAGGGAUGGCGGGGAGAUGGUGUGACGGCUGUAGAUGAGAUCAUGACAUCACGCUAGUGCUGUAAGAAUGAAAAGUUUGAAUUUUAUUUAUUUUUUGAGAGGAGGGGGGCUGGACAUGCAUG